AAGGAGGCUGAGUCGAGAGCGGAGAGCAGGAGCGGAAUACCAAUGCCGGCUCGCUUGAGGACGGAGCGCCGGGCAUCACUGCCGUGUCCAGCGACUCUCUCGUCCAUGCAGCUGUCUCGUCUCCACUCGUCGACUCGAGCCCCGGUUACAGCCAGAGUGCUGCUGCGCGCCUCCUCCGCCCGUCGCCUCCUGCCGUCGGCGCAGGAGUCGGGGGUCUCCUCCCCGACCCCCGAGAGGAGACGCUCCCUCGUCCCGACGGUCCCGACGAUCCCGGAGGUCAAAGCGCCGGAGAGGAGGGGGCUGUUCAGGAGGCGCACCGUCAUGUCCAUGAGCGAUGCAGACAGUGUGUGUUUGAUCUGUCACAACGACUUGAAUCGAGGAACCGGCGGCACGAGAGAACUGCAGUGCACACACACCUUCCACAAAGAGUGUAUAGAGGAGUGGCUGUGGAGGAAACAGUCGUGUCCCACCUGUCACGUCCAGGUGUCGAUGUCUCAGUCGGCCCACUGGAGCUCCACCCGGGUCAAAAUCCCCUAAAGCCCCCCAGUGAGGUCAUAGU